UUGAUGUUGUGAGGAGUUCAUUGUGUUCCAGCUCCAGGUUCGCUCGGAUCUCACAGGCGGCAGGGAGGGGGAGAGCGGGGCAGCACCGGGGCACCCAUGAGGGGCUGAUGGAAAAGACCAAGGAGCUGCCUGAGCAUUCUUCACGUGAGAGAAAGCGGCGAGAUUCUUUCGGCAUGUUUGACGGGUAUGAUAGCUGUAGUGACGAUACGAGUAGCAGCUCGAGUUCAGACGAGAGUGAAGAGGAGGUUGCCCCACUGCAGUCGAGCCUCCCCAUCAUCAAAAACAAUGGUCAAGUUUACACGUAUCCGGAUGGUAAAUCUGGCAUGGCAACAUGCGAGAUGUGCGGAAUGGUCGGCGUCCGAGAUGCCUUUUAUUCCAAGACAAAAAGGUUCUGCAGUGUUUCGUGCUCCCGAAGUUAUUCCUCCAACUCCAAAAAGGCAAGCAUUCUGGCAAGACUUCAGGGCAAACCACCAACAAAAAGAGCAAAGGUUCUCCAAAAACAACCCUUGGUUGCGAAAUUGGCAGCUUACGCUCAGUAUCAGGCAACACUGAAAAAUCAAGCGUUAAACAAAAGUGCUGUCACAGUUGAAGGAUUUAGCUGGGGAAGCUACAUCACUAGCAAUAACCUACCUGCAGCUCCUGUCACUUGCUUCAAACAUGCACCCAUGGGAAAUUGUUGGGGUGACAUUGCAGAAGGUGUUCGAGUCGAAGUUCCAAACACAGACCACAAUCAUCCACAAAAAGUGUUUUGGAUAGCCGGAAUUGUGAAAUUAGCAGGAUACAACGCUCUGCUUAGAUAUGAGGGCUUUGAAAACGAUUCCAGCCUGGAUUUCUGGUGUAACAUUUGUGGUCCUGAUGUCCAUCCGGUGGGCUGGUGCGCAAGCAGUGGAAAACCAUUAGUCCCACCACAGACAAUUCAGCACAAAUACACAAAUUGGAAAGCCUUUUUGGUUAAAAGACUAACGGGUGCCAAGACGCUGCCUCCUGACUUUUCUCAAAAGGUGUCUGACAGUAUGCAAUAUCCUUUUAAACCUUCGAUGAGGGUAGAGGUUGUGGACAAAACGCAUCUUUGCCGGACACGGGUCGCAAUAGUAGACAGCGUGAUCGGAGGGAGGCUACGUCUGGUCUAUGAAGAAAGUGAAGACAAAACUGACGAUUUUUGGUGCCAUAUGUACAGUCCUCUGAUUCAUCAUAUUGGAUGGUCUCGAAGUAUUGGGCAUCGAUUUAAGAGAACAGACAUUUUGAAAAAACAGGAAUCGCACUAUGAUGCCCCCCCACUUCUAUUCACGAAGGUGAAAGACGUUGACCAGGGUUUGGAGUGGUUCAAAGAAGGGAUGAAACUGGAAGCGAUUGAUCCCUUAAACUUAUCGGCAAUAUGUGUAGCAACUAUCAGAAAGGUUCUGGCUGAAGGAUUCCUAAUGAUUGGGAUCGACGGCUCUGAAGCAGCUGAUGGUUCGGACUGGUUUUGUUACCACGCGUUGUCUCCAUCAAUAUUCCCUGUUGGUUUCUGUGAAAUUAACAAGAUUGAAUUAACGCCGCCACGAGGCUACACAAAACUACCUUUCAAAUGGUUUGACUACCUCAGGGAAACAGGAUCCGUAGCUGCUCCUGUAAAGUUCUUUAAUAAGGACGUUCCCAACCAUGGCUUUCGUGUUGGAAUGAAACUGGAGGCUGUGGACCUGAUGGAGCCUCGAUUAGUGUGUGUUGCCACGGUAACACGCAUCAUCCAUCGCUUGCUAAGGAUUCAUUUCGACGGCUGGGAAGAUGAGUAUGAUCAAUGGGUAGACUGUGAAUCGCCGGACCUCUAUCCCGUCGGUUGGUGCCAGUUAACGGGUUACCAACUACAACCUCCGGCCCCUCAGACAACAAAAGACAACCAGUCCAGUGUCUCCAAGCAGAAGAAGAAAUCCAAAUCACAGCAGUACAAGGGACACAAAAAAAUGACACCGUUACAAAUGAAGGAGGAGCUGUUGGAUGGAGAUGACUACUCAUUUCUUCAGACUUCGGAUCAGGAAAGUAACGGAUCAGGCAGCUACUUUAUCAAACAAGAGCCAUGACAUCAUUGUUAUUAUUAUAAUUAUUAAUAUAAGAGGAGAAUGUUUUAAUACAAAAUUAUUUGAAAUCAGAACAGAAAAAAAACGGACUUAUGUGCAGGGACACUCAAACAAGCGUAAAAAAAACUAUUUUGGUGAAACGAAAAAUCAAAACACAAAAACAGAUUUUUUUUUCAGUUUAUUAAAUGACAUGAACAAUUUUGUGUUGUAUUUGAAGUUUUUGAAAAAAAAAAUGUAAUAUUUUGAGAAUUUUACAAUUAUUGUGCAUUGUGGGCAAAGAAACAAAAUUCCUAGAUUUUUGGUAAACUUAGCAGGGCUUGAUAUAUUUGUUAAGAAAGGGUGAAAUGUUUGCAAAAAUACACAGACUUGGUACACACUGGGUAGCUUUUUUGAUUUUAUUUU